UUUUCAAGUGGAAGGCAAUCAAGAAUAAUGAGCGUUGUGAUCACCGAACACGACAGAGAAUGAGCGUUUACACUACAAGUAGUUGUAGCAGUUUUCUUUGAUCCUCUCGCUCUAGUAGUUUUACUAUGCUCAUUCGAUUGCAAAUGCACGCUGUAUCACUCAACCAAGGAGUAACACAGGAAUGACGAGCCCAAUAAUUGAUUCAAUGUAGAAUUCGACGUAACAGAAAAAGAAUCUGCAUUGAACUAAGUUUUGUGUCUCAUUCAGUCGUUGCUGUUGUUAUUUGGGCCAAUCGUACCAUGGAUAGUGUACUUAGGAUUGUGGUGGCAGUUUGUAUGGGGGCUUUGCUCACGACAACCGCCGACUCCACUGUCUUUGUGGAGAAGUUGAAUGGAUAUCCAGGUCAAGGGUAUGCUGUGGACAUAGCACUAGGUACACCAGGUCAGAAGGUUCGUGCCAUCGUGGACACUGGCAGCAGUAACUUUGCCAUUGCAGGCGCGCCCAACGUCAACAUCUCCCAUUAUUUCGACCGCCUGCAAUCAUCAUCGGUGCAGUGUGAGGCACGCCAGGCCAAGGCAGACUACCAGUUUGGCUCGUGGCAGGGCACGAUCUGCCAGGACGUGGUGCAGUUCGGCACGACCGAUCUGUCGACGUACGCUUUUGUGACCCUGAUCGACCGGAGCAGCAACUUCUACAUCAGGAAUGCCACGUGGCAGGGGAUUCUCGGUCUGGCGUAUGACUCCCUGGCCUUGCCGGACAAGUCCGUGAUCCCAGUCCUAGACAACCUAGUCAGCAAUCACAAGUUUGAAAACUCCUUCACCAUGUCGCUGUGUGGGCGGGUUGGGACCUCCAAGAACCUCUCCUUUACCGGUUCAUUGACCCUUGGCAGCAAUGUUGAGGCAGUGAAGAAGCCAUCCUUGGUAUACACCAAGAUUGUGGAAGAGAAUUUCUACAGCAUUCUCAUUGAUGAUAUGCAAGUCGGUGGCAUGUCAUUGGGCAUGGACUGCAAGCAGUACAAUAAGCCUCGCACGUUCGUGGACAGCGGCACAACGUUUCUGUCCCUUCCAACUGAUGUCUUUCUGGCAGUAGUGGGCCGCAUCCAGCAGCAUCUGAAGAAAUCAAACCACUCAUUCCUGACGUGCGCCAAGGCUGACAAGUUCUGGACGGGGACUUCCCGGUGUGCUGUGACCGACGAAGCAGCCUUUUUCGCUCUCUUUCCGAGCGUCACGCUGUCAUUGACGGCUGAGGAAGAUGCACUGGACUAUUUUGAUUUGACCAUUCCACCACAUCUAUACUUGCAGGGUGUGCCGUGCUUUCAGAACCCGGGUCACACCUGCUUUAUGUUCUCCAUCCAGGAGUCUGCUGAAGGUCCUUGUAUUCUAGGGACAGUGCUGAUGGAAGGCUACGAUGUCGUGUUUGAUCGACAGAAUCGGCGAAUUGGAUUUUCCGCUUCCUCGUGUACAGUCGGAGCUAGUCACUUGGCUAAGCCCAGCAUCACUGGUCUGUUUCGGCGAACGGAUGCCACACACUGCAAGUAUUCCGAGCACACCCGUCCGAGCAAGCCAAGCGCCUUCAAGUCGACCAUCCUCUUCUUCGGCGGCGUGGCGUUCAUUUUGAUGUUUGUCCUGUGCUCGUGGGACAACUGCUUCAACUCCAGGUCACCAGCUCGUAGGUUCCGGCGUAGUAUUGACGUGAGCAGAGAUUCUGUAUCGCAAGUGUUCCAGCCGAUUCUCUCGUCAGAUGACGAUGAUGAGCCAGAUGUCAAUAUCUUACCUAUGGAGGACAUCACACAUCGCCGAAAAGAGGCGGUAUGAGGUUGCGAGUUGAACUCUUCUGUUGAGUGACCAGGCGCUGUUGUUACAGCUCCGAGUCGUUCCCUCUUGAGUAACAGGGAAUCACUCUGCCGAGUUGAAUAUCUGUGGCGCUUGUUUGCCGCAGACUUGAUCCUUGAUCUUCAUCUGGCCCGAUGCCAUGAUGAUCAUGUUUGCACGUGGCGUUGAAAGGUGUGCCAUGAUUGACCCACCGCCAUUUCACAAAGUUGCCAACGCUUCCCAGUAACGUGAUGUGUACUUGCACGGUAUGAGGUGAUGAGCAGCGAGUGUUCGCCGGCCCUCCUCUCAGAUUUGUCUGGCACCAUACCUGUGCGGCCAAUAACGUGAACAUACACAUGUUAGAUGGGGUGCUAUGCGCUGAGGCUUCUGCUCUUGUUGAGUGUUAACUUUUGUUUUACUUUUUUUUUUUAAUCUGACGUUUCUAUUGAUUUUUAGUAACUUGUUCCCUUUUUUUAAAUUUUCAGUAUAAAUCGACGAAUUUCCAGCUGAUAUUUAUCGGACAUACACAUUGCCUUUCCUUGCAACUGAUCUGGUUUAAAAAUGUGCAUCUCGUUGAGCCGAACAGAGUUUUAUAAUCCCCUUCCUCCGGUAUCUACCAUGCUUGAUUAUCCUAAUGUAUUUCCUCCGCUCACUCAAUUUUGUGAAGACCUUUGCCAUGGAAUGGUGCAUGAAGAAUGUACCCCGACCUCUCCACAUUUUUCCAUGGGGGAGCCGUACCCAAGCCAGGUUUCGGCGUGGCUCCUUGAUCAUCGUUUUCUAUACCUUAUCCUUGUGGCAAUGUAUAGGGCGAACAUGCUUGUACCCAGUACCAUUGAAGUCGCAGCAUGGUUCUCACUAUGAUUGUACUACAGUAUUGUUUUGUUUCUCUCUGGGACACUACCGCUUGACUUUUAUUUGCCCUGCAUACAUCUCAUCGGUGUUGUGUCGAGCUAGUGUUUUUAGAUGCCCUUUCCAGUGCACCUUAGCCUUAUAUUAGGUCUAGACUGCCCGUUGAGUGAGAAAAUCAGUCCGUCCGCCGGUGUUAUAUUUUUUCCCGCUCUUA